AUGCUGACGGAGAUUUGUGUGCAGCCACGUAAGAUGCCCCGCAUUCUGACUCAGUACCACGCGAUGCCUGCUGACGUGGCAAUGGAAAGACUUGUCUUCCUUCAGGGUUUGGGGAUAGACACCGGAAAGGCCCUCUCCUCAUUCCCGAAACUUUUGUUCUACCCGCCUUCAACUGCCCGAGCCAUGGCGAACUACCUCUCCUCCGUUGGCAUCAAAUCCGACUUGACUGGGAAAGUUUUGUCUGCCUGCCCACAGCUCCUCGUGCUGAGUAUAGAAGAGAAUAUCCGCCCAACAAUUACUCACCUGGUGGAAGCAUGGGGCCUCGACCAAUCACGUGAUAUCCCUGUGGUGAUCUCUCGCCACCCACGCUGCCUAACCUACUCCAUCUCAGAAAACCUUCAACCUACCCUUACCUUCUGGCUUGGUUCGGGAAUCGCCAAGCCUGCGAAACUCAUCCGAGCCAACCCAUCGAUCCUUGGACUUUCCACUACCAAACGGAUUCUUCCCACGAUCGCUGCUGCUGACAGUUAUGGCAUCCCACCGCACCUCACGAUUGAGAUGGUUCAGAAAUUCCCUCAUCUCUUCAAUUACAAUUGGAAUACUAACUUAAUGCCAAAGCUACAGUACCUGGAAGAAGUUGGGAGGGGAAUUGACGAGGCCGUUCAGCACCCACAGUAUUUCGGGUACAGUUUGGCUCGGCGGAUUCGGCCGAGGCUCGGGGGCGUGGCUCGGGCCGGGCUGCAUGUGAGUCUGAGCUUUGUGCUGCGGCUGAAGGAUGAGGAUUUUGAGAGGUUGUAUGGUGAUAUGUGUAGGGACGAGGACGAAGGCGUGGGAGGGGAUGGGAGGGACGCACAGGAGCACGGGUCUGGCAUGUGA